AUGGCGGAUGCGGCGAUUCCAUACGAAGAACCAAGCAUCAAUACCAUCCUGAUCCAGUCUUCCUUCCUUUUGCUCUCCAACACCGUCAACACCGUUCUUGAUCAUGUCGUGUACUGUGGUCUUGUGGGACAGAUCUUCCUCGGUAUGGCAUGGGGAACACCUGGCUGGAAGCUAUUGUCUCGUACAUUUGAACAGACGGCCACCCAGCUAGGCUACCUGGGACUGAUAUUCAUUGUGUUUGAAGGUGGCCUGGCCACUUCGGUCAAGUCUGUGCAGAAAAACUUGGUCCUCUCCGUGUGUGUUGCUGCCACAGGCAUUUUACUCCCCAUUUCGUUCUCUUUCUCUCUACUUGCCAUCGCCGAUGCCAGCAAUCUUCAAGCCUUUGCUGCUGGAGCGGCUCUAUGUUCCACCAGUUUAGGGACAACCUUCAGUUUAUUGAAGACGACGGGUCUAACUACCACUCGAUUGGGUGUAGUUCUUACGAGUGCUGCAAUGCUUGAUGAUGUGGUUGGUUUGAUCAUGGUACAAGUCAUAACCAAUCUGGGCAGUCAAUCAGGAAGAUUUACUGCCUCAACUCUCUUACGACCAAUCUUUGUGUCUCUCGGUUUCGCCAUCUUAUUGCCCAUCUUCUGCAAAUUUGUGAUCAGCCCUGCAUUGAAAAAGUGGUAUGAGAGCAAAUCCACAUUUCCAAGGUGGUGGGAGAGUGCUACCAAACGAGAAUCGAUUUCGUUCCUGUUCCCGGCUGGAGUAUUAGUGGCUUUUGUUUCCGCCGCAAGCUAUGCAGGUACUUCAGCACUGUUUGCAUCUUAUCUUGCUGGUGCUCUUCUGGCCUGGAUCGAUGAGCAAAUUGUCGAUGGCGAAUCGACUUCGCCGUCCAACAGCAACCAACAACAGUCAACCCCGGCACCAGAGACAUCGAGCGACCUAGUCAGAAGUGAUGAAGGUACCUCGACAGCUCAUUCAGAUACGGAUAUCCCGAGAGGGACCUCUUCGGCUACCCAAGCAAAAGAGAGUCUUGACAACUCGGACAAUCAGCCCAGCUCCAACGCGCGUCUGCCAACACCGCCGCCAGAAAAGGAUCAUACUAUGAGUGAAAGCGCACAACCUGCAGAAUGUCCAGAGCAAUCAUUCCCAUCUGAAGGGCUCAGUAUGCGCAUAUACAACCAAUAUUACAUCCAAGCGGUCGACCGAAUCCUGAAGCCUCUUCUCUUUGGAUCAAUCGGUUUUGCGAUACCCAUCACCAAGAUGUUCCGGGGGACUAUCGUCUGGCGUGGAAUCGUGUAUGCUAUUUUGAUGGCCGUCGGGAAGUUGUGCUGUGGACUCUGGCUCGUCCGCUUCACGACCGCAGACCCUUCCUCCAGGACCGAGACAUCUGACCAAAAGAGGAAAAUUAAAGGCCGUAAUAAAAAAGGCCGUAAUAAAGCGCUCCCUCGGCCUAAAUCUCUCUAUCCUGCGUGGCUCCUAGGUUGUGCAAUGGUCGCCAGAGGUGAAAUCGGGUUUUUGAUCUCUGCCCUAGCCGCAAGCAAUGGCAUUUUCACCGCCGACGGAGAUAAUGUCCAACCGACUUCUGAAAUCUACCUCAUCGUGACGUGGGCGAUAUUAUUAUGCACGAUCCUUGGGCCGAUUGCCCUCGGACUUUUAGCGAAGAGAGUCAAACGACUUCAGAAAGAACGAGAUCAAAAUGGAGAUGCAGGAAUUCAAGAUCCUCUAGGAACAUGGGGUAUAGGUUGAAUUCAAAAGUCAGAGAUUUGACGAUUUCAUAUUGAUGUUUAUGAACCUCCGCGGAAAAGAAAAGGACUUGGAUACCUUUCAGAUGAGAUCAAUCCCAACAACGCCUUGUCUCGUCAGACCUGCCAGACGCUCAACAACAAAACAGCACGAGUCUAAAUCACCAGUCCCACGGAGCUGGUGUCAAUGAAGGACGUAUAUUUACUUGGCAAACAUUUUGUUCCUGUUCCCAUUCUUACCAUCACCGUUCAAAAAGUCCGCCAGGUUAUUCAACAUGGAUGAGGCACCAUUCCGGACACUACCACUCCCCCGCCCCGUAGGGGCAGCGGCCCCUCCGUUUCGACUUUGAAUAUCUGACUCUGAGAGUUCAUCUGGCUCGACGAAC